AUGACUAAGAUUGACUCUUCCAAACCAAAACUUACAACCAACUUUAAAACCAAAUCAGGAAUUCCAAUUACUCUUGGAACUGGUACUGGUACUAAAUGGAAGGAUCUUAAGAGAAGUGAUCCACAAAAUCAAGAUGGACUUGAUGCCAUUGUUCAAUCAUUAGUUGAUGCUCUUGAAUCUGGAUACAAUCACAUUGAUACUGCAGAGGCAUAUACCACACACCCAGAAGUUGCUAGAGCUAUUGCACAGACUGGUAAGAAUAGAGAAGAUCUUUGGAUCACUACCAAAUAUCUGCCAGGACUGAAGAACUUUCCUCCAAGUUCCAAGGGACCACUCGAUUUUCUUGACAAGGCAUUGAAGGAAUUAGAGACCGAAUACAUAGAUUUGUUACUUAUUCAUCAUCCAUUUCUCACCCCUGAUCAUUCGGUUGGAUAUACAAUCGAAACUGCUUGGCAAGAAUUAGAAGAAGCUAAAAAAAGUGGGAAAGUUCGAGAAAUCGGAGUAUCCAACUUUAGAAAGAUAGAUCUCGAAAAGAUUGCCAAGAUUUCGACUAUUACACCAGCGGUUAAUCAGAUUGAAUUUCAUGCCUAUUUACAAGACCAAUCGCCAGAUAUUGUCAAGUAUAGUCAAGAUAACGGGAUUUUGAUAGAAGCUUUUGGACCUUUAAGCCCAAUUUUUAGAAUUAAAGAUGAAAAAACUGGGGAAGAAAUCACAGAUCAUCCACUUACAAAAGUAUUACCAGAACUUUCUACCAAGUAUAAUAAGACAGACGCCCAGAUUUUAUUAAGAUACACUCUUCAAAAGGGAAUUCUUCCAAUUACAACAUCCUCAAAGAAGGAAAGAAUCCAACAGACUUUACAAGUAUACGAAUUUGAAUUAGACCAAGAGGAUUUUGAUAGAAUAGAUCAAGAGGGUGCAAAGUUCCAUAAUAGAGCCUAUUUCAAUGGAGCAUUCUAA